CUCAUGGUGGGCUAUAAAAGUGCCAGAGAUCUGGACAGCGGCACACACAGUUCGAGGAGCCAUUGUCCAGAAAUGAUCUACGCAAUUCUAGUGCUCUGCCUGCUGGGCGGUUCCUUGGCCCAGAAGGCGGACAGGGAGAGGGAUCCCCUGCCGCAGGUCAAGGAUCAGAGCACCCGGCUGGCCGGCAUCUAUGUGAAGGAUGGCAACGAGAACGGGCAGCUGAGGUUCCUGGCCUCCGGACUCAACAGUGGCAGCAGCAGCAGCAGCAGCAGCUCCUCCUCGGGCCUCAACUCGGCCCUGAAUCAGUACAUAACCAACAAGCAGGACAUGCUGGAGCAACUGCGUCCCAGCAGUGGAACGGGCACGGGCACUGGCACGGGUACGGCAACUACGGGCACGGGAACGGGCUCGGUGACGGGCACAACCUCGUCGGGUACCACCAGUGGCCUGGUGACGACGACCACGAAUGGAGCCAUCUACGUGCAUCUGGGCAACUCGGGCUCCUCCAGCUCCUCGUCCUCCUCCUCAUCGUCGUCGUCCUCGUCCAGCAACAACGCGGCCAUCAAUCAGGUGAUCUACGGCUCGUCGCCGGUCGCCGGUCUUCUGCCCCAGAUCGUCGGCCAGGCGGUGUCCAGUCGAGUGCGUCCCGGCCAGAACAACAGGAGGCGUGUCCCCGCCCGCAGGCGGCGGGUCAACAAGAGGCGUGGCAGCAUCAACAACAAUCAGAGGCGUCGCCGGCGGGGCAACAAACGGGGCCGCAACAAGAACAAGGCCCAGGUGAUGGUUGUGCGUCCGAAUCGCGGCUGA